AGAAGUUUAUUAAGGGUGUGACGGUGGGGGGGUCUGGGGACAGCAGGGAGGGUCGCAGCAGGAGUUCUGCAACAAUGGCACCAGUGACGGCGGCUGGAUGCGCUUUCCGUGUUUAAGUAUGRCGUCUCUGAUUUAAAGGUGUCAUACAGUCUGUGARCUCUGGUCGAUGGAUUUAUUAUCUUUAAGACAAGAAUUUUUCACCUCUACUUUCUCCAUAGGCUAGACAUUUGGAAGCAUGGGCGACUGGAGCUUUCUGGGCCGGCUGCUGGAGAAUGCUCAGGAGCACUCGACGGUCAUCGGCAAAGUCUGGCUGACGGUCCUCUUCAUCUUCCGGAUCCUGGUGCUGGGGGCCGCGGCCGAGGACGUCUGGGGCGACGAGCAGUCCGACUUCACCUGCAACACCCAGCAGCCCGGCUGCGAGAACGUCUGCUACGACGAGGCCUUCCCCAUCUCGCACAUCCGCUUCUGGGUGCUGCAGAUCAUCUUCGUGUCCACGCCGACGCUCAUCUACCUGGGCCACGUGCUGCACAUCGUCCGCAUGGAGGAGAAGCGCAAAGAGAAGGAGGAGGAGCUGCGCAAAGCCAACAGGUUCCAGGAGGAGAAGGAGCUCCUUUAUAAAAACAGCGGGGACACGGGAGGAGGCGGCAGGAAGGAGAAGCCGCCCAUCAGGGACGAGCACGGCAAAAUCCGAAUCCGAGGCGCUCUGCUGCGCACCUACGUGUUCAACAUCAUUUUCAAGACUCUGUUUGAAGUGGGUUUCAUUUUGGGCCAGUAUUUCCUUUAUGGCUUCCAGCUGAGGCCCCUGUACAAGUGUGCACGUUGGCCGUGCCCCAACACUGUCGACUGCUUCAUAUCAAGGCCCACUGAAAAGACCAUUUUUAUCCUCUUUAUGCUUGUGGUGGCUUGCGUGUCUCUUUUGCUGAAUUUGUUAGAGAUCUAUCACCUCGGGUGGAAGAAAGUCAAGCAGGGCGUGACGAAUGAGUUCGCCCCUGAUCGAGAGUCGCUGCGGCACGUCGACCCCGUGGAGCCCGAGUGUUUGGCCUCGGCCCCCAGAACUGCCCCACCCGGCCUCAGCUACCCCCCCAACUACAUCGAUGUGACGGCGGGCAGCGGGGCCAUCCUGCCCCCCAUGAGGCCUUCAGMUUCAGCUGACUUUAAGGUGGGUGACCUCCAGCGGGAGGAGCCCCUCCACCAGUCCUCCUCCUCGUCUCAUUACUACAUCAGCAACAACAACAGCAACAAGCUGGCCACUCAGCAGAACUGGGCCAACCUGGCCACCGAGCAGCAGACUCGGGAGAUGAAGGCCACCUCCCCCUCACCAUCCUCGUCGUCUUCUGCCAACCACGAGCAGCAGCAGCUGUCCGCUGGCGUCGUUUCGCCUCUUCUUACCGCUGCCACCCCUGCCGCCGGUGCACAAAGCUGGGUGGAGGUCAAGACCCCGCAGGAGGAAGGCCUCGCUGCCGCCGCCGCUGCAGCGGAGACGCACGAACCCCCGCUAACGGUCAGCACAGACCCCCGUCGGCUCAGUCGGGCCAGUAAGAGCAGCAGUGUCAGGGCCAGGCCAAGUGACCUGGCUGUCUAAACCUCUGUGGCCCCCAUCACACACACACACACACACACACACACACACACACACAC